AUGCCGCGCGCCGAGGAGCUGGCUGUGCUGGCUGAAGAGAACCCGGACCAGGAACCCGGCGGGGACCCGCGCCUGCGACUUCUGGGAGCCUACGUGACCCAGAGCCUGCGGCCAGCUGCGGGCUCCUGGGAGCGCUGCGCGGGCACGGCCGAGGCAGAGCAGCAGUUCCACGCCUUCCUGGGCCACGAUGCUGCGGAGGGGCCGAGGCCGCUGCUGGUGGUGCGGCCCGGGCCCGCGGGCCUGGCGUUGUGGUCGGGGCUGGACGUGGAUCCCGACUUCAACCCUCCUCGCGCUAAGGGGCUUUUUUUCCUGCGCACCAGGUCCGAGCCGCCCGGGCCUAAUAGCCUCCGCGGUGCGGUGCUUUGCGGGGACGUGCCCGCUGCGCCUCUGGAGCACCUGGCCGCGUUGUUCUCCAAGGUUGUUAUCCCCAUCUUGGCCAACAAGAAGAAUCACCUAGACUGGCCCCCUGUGGUAUGUCAAGAUGUCCAGCAGCAUGCCCACAGCCUCCAGUGUGACCUCAUGGUUGUCCUUGAGUACAGGAGGGGGAAGACUUUGUUGCCUCUUCCAGCAGGCUCAGAAAAGAUGGCAUUUUGGGAUUCUGAAAGUGAUACUGUCUUGGAUUCCACAGAUAAGUCUGUCAUCUAUGCCAUUGAGUCUUCAGUGAUCCAGUGGAGCCACCAAGUACAGCUGGUCCUCAAGAAAGAGUCUUCCCAGCCGCUCCUACAAGGGGAAAAUCCCACCCCUAAGGUGGAGUUGGAAUUCUGGAAGAGCAGGUCUGAGGAUCUGGAAUACAUUUACAAUCAACUCAGAAAAAUAAAGGUGAGGGGCCUGGCGGGGCUCCUGGACAAGCUUCAGAGCAGCUACUUCCCAACUUUCCAGGCAAUGUUCAGAGAUGUUGUAGCAGCUCUGAUGGAAGCGAAGGACAUCUACGCACACCUGAUGCCACUCUACCGCCACCUGGAAACCCUAGAGAGUGUGGAGUUUCCAGAGGUGAAGCCAUGGCUGCGACCUCUGCUCCAUGUGGUCUGUCUGAUUUGGGCCACGUGCAAGUCCUAUUGCUCCCCAGGGCGGCUCACUGUGCUGCUGCAAGAGAUCUGCAACCUUCUCGUCCAGCAGGCCUCUGAUUAUCUCAGCCCAGAAGACCUCCUAAAAAGUGAGGUAGGAGAAAGUCAGAGAAAACUGCAAGUGGUCAUAGACACCUUGAACUUCUUCAAGCAGGUGUUUCAGGACAGAAGGGAGAACCUGCACACAUACUUCAAAGGGAACCAGGAAGUCAGAGAGUGGGAUUUCCAGUCUUCUUUGGUCUUUGUGCGAUUGGACGGCUUCCUGAGACGGCUGCAUGUGGUGGAGACUCUCCUGAAGACAACCUUGGAUUUUCACAAACUGGAAAAGCUUGAGUUCAGUGGCCUCAGAGGGAAUGCCCUGAGUCAGCAGGUCCGGCAAAUGUACAAUGAAUUUCAAGAGCUGUGCAGGGUCUUCUCGGAGUCCUCCUAUGACUGCCUGGACCCCCAGAGCAUGGAAUUUGAAAAUGAUGUCUCUAAGUUUAACCAGAGAGUAGAAGAUCUUGAUCAAAGACUGGGGACUAUCUUUAUUCAAGCCUUUGAUGAUGCACCUGAUUUGGAGCAUGCCUUUAAGCUGCUGGACAUAGCAGGCAAUCUCCUGGAAAGACCACUGGUAGCACGAGAUGUAUCUGAUAAGUACCUGGUGCUCAUCCAAAUGUUCAACCAAGAGCUGGAUACAGUGAGGAUAAUCUAUGGUCAGCAUGUCCAGGAGAAGGCAGAACUUGGAUUCUCCGCAGUUCACAAGAACAUGCCCUCUGUGGCCGGGGGUCUUCUUUGGGCUCAGGAGCUGAGGCAGCGCAUCCAGGGUCCCUUCACCAACUUCAAACGCAUCACACAUCCUUGCAUGGAAUCUGCUGAAGGAAAGAGAAUGAUUCAAAAAUAUGAAGCUAUGCUUUCAUUGCUGGAAAGGUAUGAGACCAGGCUUUACGAGGACUGGUGUCAGACAGUAUCAGAGAAGUCACAGUACAAUCUCUCCCGGCCACUUCUGAAGCGUGACCCAGAAACGAAGCAGAUUACUGUCAACUUUAACCCACAGCUGGUUUCUGUACUGAAAGAAAUGAGUUAUCUUCAACUGAGGCAGAUGAAGCACAUCCCUGAAACAGCAGCAGCCAUGUUCUCCUCCAGGGAGUUCUAUCGGCAGCUUGUGGCACGUUUGGAGUUGAUGGCAAAUUGGUACAACAAGGUGAUGAAAACGCUGCUGGAGGUGGAAUUUCCAUUAGUGGAGAAAGAGCUGCAAAAUAUUGAUCUCCGCCUGAGAGCCGCAGAGGAGACUCUGAACUGGAAAACAGAGGGAGCAGGCAUUUGGGAUUAUGUCGUUGAAAUGACCGAUAGUAUUCAUGAUCUUGAACAAAGGAUUCAGAAAACCAAAGGCAAUGUGAAAGAGAUCCAAAACAUCAUGAAAACAUGGGUGUCUCCAUUAUUUAAGAGGAAAGAUGGAAGAAAGGAAUGCCUUCUUUCCAUGGAUGACCAGCAAGAUCGAAUGGAAAAAUACUACAGUUAUAUCAGAGACUCUGGCCUGAAGAUCCACACUCUUGUUCAGGAAAACCUGGGUCUUUUUUCAGCAGACCCAGCCUCCAAUAUCUGGAAGACAUACAUUAACUACAUCGAUGAUAUGCUACAGGAUGGAUUCUUUCUCGCCAUUGAGUGCUCCCUCCAGUACCUCCUGGAAAACACUGAAUGUAAGCCAGGACUCAACCCAAUAUUUGAAGCACAGCUGAGCUUAGCAAUCCCAGAAUUAGUUUUCUCUCCAUCUCUGGAGUCUGGACUGAAGGGAAGCUUCUAUGACAUGGUUGAGGGUCUCGUCACCAGCAUUUUUAGAAUAGCAUCUUUAGUGCCACGGCUUUCCCCACAAAACAGCGCUCCCCACUAUCAGAUUGACAUGGAGGCUGUGGAUGACUUGGCAAGGAUGCGGAGCACACUCAUGGACAGAGUUCAGGGCAUGAUGGCCCUCUGCUGCAGCUACCGAAACACCUUCAGCCAGUACUCCUACCUCUACGUGGAGGACCGGAAGGAGAUUCUGGCCCAGUUUCUGUUGUAUGGGCAUGUCCUCACACCUGAAGAGAUUGAAGCCCAUGAAGAAGAUGGCAUCCCAGAGAACCCGCCCCUCCUCCACCAGUUUAAAGCACAGAUUGACUCCUAUGAAAAGCUCUAUGAAGAUGUGUGCAGGCUGGAGCCCAUCAAGGUGUUUGACUGCUGGAUGAGGAUUGAUGUGCGACCCUUUAAAGCAUCUCUGCUGAAUCUAAUUAAGAGGUGGAGCCUCCUGUUCAAACAGCACCUUGUUGACUAUGUCACCAACAGUUUGGCAGACCUUGAACUGUUUAUAAAAAACAGUGAGAAUGGCUUGCUCAAGAAAGUUGAAAAAGGAGACUUCAAAGGACUGGUUGAGAUUAUGGAACACCUUAUGGCCCUUAAAGAACGGCAGAGCAGCACUGACGAGAUGUUCGAGCCCUUAAAGCAGAGCAUUGAAUUGCUGAAGAUCUACAGACAAGAAUUGCCAGAAACAGUGUUUAAGCAGCUGGAGGAGCUGCCUGAGAAAUGGAGCAACAUAAAAAAGUUGGCCAUUACUGUGAGGCAGCACGUGGCCCCCCUGCAGGCGAACGAAGUGGCCCUUCUCCGCCAGAGGUGCACAGCCUUUGAGAUGGAACAGCAGCAGUUCUGGGAGCAAUUCCACAUGGAGGCGCCCUUCAGGUUUAAUAGCACUGACCCUCAUCGAAUGCUGGAUGCCAGGCACAGUGAGAUCCAGCAAAUGGAAUCCACCAUGGCCUCCAUUGCUAACACCGCCAGCUUGUUUGAGGUCAACGUUCCUGACUACAAGCAGCUGAGGCAGUGCAAGAGGGAGGUCUGCCAGCUGAAGGAGCUGUGGGACACAAUUGGCAUGGUGACCUCCACUAUCCAUGCCUGGGAGGCCACUCCAUGGAGGAAUAUCAAUGUAGAGGCCAUGGACUUGGAGUGCAAAAGAUUUGCUAGGUACCUCCGGAACCUUGACAAGGAGGUCCAGACCUGGGAGGCAUUCACAGGCCUGGAAAGCACCGUGUUGAACACCCUGACCUCACUGAGGGCAGUGGCUGAGCUACAGAAUCCAGCUAUCCGGGAGCGGCACUGGAGACAGCUGGUGCAGGCCACAGGCGUGAGCUUUGUCAUGGAUGAGGGCACCACCCUGGCACACCUGCUGCAGCUCCAGUUGCACUGCUUUGAGGAUGAGGUCCGGGGCAUUGUGGACAAAGCUGUGAAGGAGAUGGGUAUGGAGAAGAUCUUAAAGGAGCUGCAGACCACCUGGACCAGCAUGGAAUUCCAGUAUGAGCCCCACCCUCGGACCCACAUCCCUCUGCUGCGUUUGGAUGAGGACCUCAUUGAGGUUUUAGAAGAUAACCAAGUCCAGCUGCAGAACCUGAUGAUGUCCAAGCACGUUGCUUUUUUCCUGGAGGAAGUGUCACGCUGGCAGAAGAAGCUGUCCACAGCAGAUGCUGUUAUCUCUAUGUGGUUUGAUGUGCAGCAGACAUGGUCUCAUCUGGAAAGUAUAUUCAUUGGCUCUGAAGAUAUCCGGGCCCAGCUGCCCCAGGAUUCUGAACGAUUUGAAGGAAUUGACAUUGACUUUAAGGAGCUAGCUUAUUAUGCUCAGAAAACUCCAAAUGUAGUGGAAGCCACCAACAAGUCAGGUCUUUAUGAACAACUGGAAGAUAUUCAGAGCAGGUUGCACUUGUGUGAGAAGGCCCUGGCAGAGUACCUGGAUACCAAAAGGCUUGCCUUCCCUCGGUUUUACUUUCUCUCCUCUUCUGAUCUGCUAGAUAUCCUUUCCAACGGCACAGCUCCACUACAGGUUCAACACCAUCUUUCCAAACUCUUUGACAAUAUGGCCAAGAUGCAGUUCCAUCUGGAUACCAGUGAGAAGCCAACCAAGAUAAGUCUUGGCAUGUACAGUAAGGAAAAUGAGUAUGUGGCCUUCAGUAAGCCCUGUGACUGCAGUGGCCAGGUAGAAAUAUGGUUGAACCAUGUGCUUGUCCAUAUGAAGGCUACCAUAAGGCAUGAGAUGGCAGAAGGUGUGACUGCCUAUGAAGAAAAGCCAAGAGAACAGUGGCUCUUUGACUACCCAGCUCAGGUGGCCCUGACCUGUACUCAGAUCUGGUGGACCAUGGAGGUGGGCAUGGCCUUUGCCAGGCUGGAAGAAGGCUAUGAGAGCGCCAUGAAAGACUAUCACAAGAAGCAAGUGGCCCAGCUCAAAACCCUCAUCAGCAUGUUAAUUGGCCCGCUCUCCAAGGGGGACCGGCAGAAGAUCAUGACCAUAUGCACCAUCGAUGUGCAUGCCCGGGAUGUGGUGGCCAAGAUGAUUGCUCAGAAGGUAGACAAUGCACAGGCCUUUCUCUGGUUGUCCCAGCUGCGGCAUCGUUGGGAUGAUGAGGCCAAACACUGCUUUGCCAACAUCUGUGAUGCCCAGUUUCUGUAUUCCUAUGAGUACCUGGGAAAUACACCUCGCCUUGUAAUCACACCUCUGACAGACAGGUGCUACAUCACUCUGACCCAGUCUCUGCACCUGACCAUGAGUGGCGCUCCCUCGGGGCCUGCAGGCACAGGCAAGACGGAGACCACCAAGGACCUGGGCCGAGCUCUGGGCAUCAUGGUCUACGUGUUCAACUGCUCGGAGCAGAUGGACUACAAGUCUUGUGGCAACAUCUACAAAGGCCUCGCUCAGACUGGUGCCUGGGGCUGUUUUGAUGAAUUCAAUCGAAUUUCCGUGGAGGUCCUGUCAGUGGUGGCUGUGCAGGUCAAAAGCAUUCAAGAUGCAAUUCGAGAUAAGAAGCAGCAAUUCAACUUCCUUGGGGAAGAGAUUAGCCUGAAUCCUUCUGUGGGCAUCUUCAUCACCAUGAACCCUGGCUACGCUGGCCGCACGGAGCUGCCGGAGAACCUGAAGGCUCUCUUCAGGCCCUGCGCGAUGGUGGUUCCAGACUUUGAAUUGAUCUGUGAGAUCAUGCUGGUGGCGGAAGGAUUCAUUGAAGCCCGGUCAUUAGCCAGGAAGUUCAUCACCCUUUACCAGUUGUGCAAAGAGCUUCUCUCCAAACAGGAUCACUAUGACUGGGGCCUGCGGGCCAUCAAGUCUGUGCUGGUGGUGGCUGGAUCUCUAAAGCGAGGAGACCCUGACAGGCCUGAGGACCAAGUCCUGAUGCGCUCCCUGCGAGAUUUCAACAUUUCCAAGAUAGUGACUGAUGACAUGCCAGUGUUCAUGGGCCUGAUUGGGGACCUCUUCCCCACCCUGGAUGUCCCUCGGAGGAGAGACCUCAACUUCGAAGCUUUGGUUAAGAAUGCAGUAGUGGAGCUGAAGCUCCAGGCUGAGGACAACUUUGUGCUGAAGGUGGUCCAGCUGGAGGAGCUUCUGGCAGUUCGGCACUCUGUAUUCGUGGUGGGCAGUGCUGGUACCGGCAAGUCUCAGGUGCUGAGGUCCUUGCACAAGACCUAUCAGAUCAUGAAACGCCGCCCCGUCUGGACUGACCUCAAUCCCAAAGCAGUCACAAAUGAUGAGCUCUUUGGCAUCAUCAACCCAGCCACACGAGAAUGGAAGGAUGGACUAUUCUCUUCUAUCAUGCGGGAACUUGCCAACAUCACCCAUGAUGGACCCAAGUGGAUUUUACUGGAUGGUGACAUAGAUCCAAUGUGGAUCGAGUCUCUGAACACUGUCAUGGAUGACAACAAGGUGUUGACCUUGGCAAACAAUGAGAGGAUCCCUCUGAAUCCCACAAUGAGGCUCCUCUUUGAGAUCAGCCACCUACGCACAGCCACACCAGCCACCGUCUCUAGAGCAGGGAUCCUGUACAUCAAUCCUGCAGACCUGGGAUGGAACCCUCCUGUUAGCAGCUGGAUUGACAGGAGGGAAAUCCAGACAGAGAGAGCCAACCUCGCCAUUCUGUUUGACAAGUACCUUCCAGCCUGCUUAGACACACUCCGAAUCAGAUUUAAGAGGAUAAUUCCAGUCCCAGAGCAGAGCAUGGUUCAGACACUGUGCUACCUUCUUGAGUGCCUCCUGACCAAGGAGAACAUCCCUGCAGACUGCCCCAAGGAAACCUAUGAGCUUUAUUUUGUGUUUGCUGCCAUCUGGGCUUUUGGCGGAGCAAUGAUCCAAGAUCAGCUUGUGGACCACCGGGCAGAGUUCAGCAAAUGGUGGCUGGCUGAGUUCAAGACAGUAAAGUUUCCUUCCCAGGGAACCAUCUUCGACUAUUACAUAGACCCAGAGACCAAGAAAUUUGAGCCAUGGUCCAAACUCAUCCCUCAGUUUGAAUUUGACCCUGAGAUGCCUCUGCAGGCUUGUCUGGUACACACGAGUGAGACUAUCCGAGUGUGCUACUUCAUAGAGCGGCUCAUGGAGCAGCAGCGACCACUCAUGUUGGUGGGGACUGCGGGCACGGGCAAGUCAGUGCUGGUGGGAGCCAAGCUAGCCAGCCUCGAUGCAGAGGACUACCUGGUGAAAAACGUACCAUUCAACUACUACACCACUUCAGCAAUGCUGCAGGCUGUCCUGGAGAAACCUCUAGAAAAGAAGGCUGGGAGAAAUUACGGCCCCCCAGGGAACAAGAAGCUCAUCUAUUUCAUCGAUGACAUGAACAUGCCCGAGGUGGAUGCCUAUGGGACAGUGCAGCCCCACACCAUUAUCAGGCAGCACCUGGACUACAGGCACUGGUAUGAUCGGAACAAGCUGUCUCUAAAGGAGAUCAUGAAUGUACAGUAUGUUUCCUGUAUGAACCCCACUUCAGGCAGCUUCACCAUCAACCCACGUCUGCAGCGUCACUUCAGUGUUUUCGGCCUCUCCUUUCCUGGAGCAGAUGCCCUGUCCUCCAUCUAUAGCACCAUCUUGACUCAGCACCUGAGGCUCGGGAACUUCCCAGCAUCUCUGCAGAAAUCCAUCCCCCAGCUGAUCACUCUGGCCCUCACUUUCCAUCAGAAAAUUGCCACCACAUUCCUACCCACAGCAAUCAAAUUCCACUAUAUCUUCAAUCUCAGAGACUUCGCCAAUAUUUUCCAGGGCAUUCUCUUCUCCUCCGUGGAAUGUAUAAAGUCCACACAGGACCUAGCAAAGCUCUAUCUGCAUGAAGCAAAUCGUAUUUAUCGGGAUAAGCUGGUGGAAGAAAAGGACCUUGAUCUUUUUGAUAAAAUCCAGAUAGAUGUGGUCAAGAAAAUUUUUGAUGAUAUCGAAGAGAUCAUGGAGCAGACUCAAAGCCUGAACAUGUAUUGCCACUUUGCAAAUGGCAUCGGCGAGCCUAAGUACAUGCCUGUGCCAUCAUGGGAGCUGUUAGCCCAGACUCUGGUGGAUGCCUUAGAGAGUCACAAUGAAGUCAACACAGUGAUGGACCUGGUUCUCUUUGAGGAUGCCAUGCGGCACGUCUGCCGCAUCAAUCGCAUCCUGGAGGCCCCUCGGGGAAAUGCGCUGCUGGUGGGCGUGGGAGGCAGCGGCAAGCAGAGUCUGACCAGGCUGGCGGCCUUCAUCAGCUCCAUGGACGUGUUCCAGAUCACGCUGCGGAAAGGCUACCAGAUCGCAGACUUCAAGAUGGACCUGGCCAGCCUGUGCCUGAAAGCUGGGGUAAAGAAUCUCAGCACAGUGUUUCUCAUGACUGAUGCCCAAGUGGCUAAUGAGAAGUUCCUUGUGCUCAUCAAUGAUCUCUUGGCUUCUGGAGAGGUCCCAGAUCUCUACUCUGAUGAUGAAGUUGAAAACAUCAUAAACAACAUGAGGAAUGAAGUCAAGAGCCAAGGUUUGGUUGACAACAGAGAGAACUGCUGGAAAUUCUUUAUAGAUCGGGUCCGACGACAACUGAAGGUGACUCUCUGUUUCUCCCCUGUGGGGAAUAAGCUGAGGGUCCGCAGCAGGAAGUUCCCAGCCAUUGUGAACUGCACGGCCAUUGACUGGUUUCACGAGUGGCCUCAGCAGGCAUUGGAGUCUGUCAGCCUUCGCUUCUUACAGAACACCGAGAGCAUCGAGCUCACAGUCAAGCAGUCGAUUAGCAAGUUCAUGGCUUUUGUCCACACAAGUGUCAACCAAACAUCCCAGUCCUAUCUGAACAAUGAGCAGCGCUACAACUACACAACCCCCAAAUCAUUUCUGGAGUUCAUCAGACUCUACCAGAGCUUGCUGCACAGGAAUGGAAAAGAGCUCAAGUCCAAGAUGGAGCGGCUUGAGAACGGGCUGCUGAAGCUCCGCAGCACAUCUGCCCAGGUAGAUGACCUGAAAGCCAAGCUGGCCACGCAGGAGGUGGAGCUGAAGCAGAAGAAUGAAGAUGCAGACAAGCUGAUUCAGGAGGUGGGCAUAGAGACUGACAAGGUGAGCAGAGAGAAGGCCCUGGCGGACAAGGAGGAACAGAAGGUGGCUCUCAUCAUGCUGGAGGUGGAGCAGAAGCAGAAGGACUGUGAAGAAGACCUGGCCAAAGCAGAGCCAGCACUCAUAGCAGCCCAGGCUGCUCUCAACACCCUCAAUAAGACCAACCUGACAGAGCUGAAGUCUUUUGGUUCCCCACCUCAGGCUGUGAGCAAUGUCAGCGCAGCUGUGAUGGCCCUCAUGGCCCCUGAGGGAAAGGUGCCCAAGGACCGAAGCUGGAAGGCCGCUAAAGUCGCCAUGGCCAGAGUGGAUGCCUUCCUGGACUCUCUGAUCAACUUCAACAAAGAGAACAUUCAUGAGAACUGCCUCAAAGCCAUCAGGCCAUAUCUGCAGGAUCCCGAGUUCAAUCCUGAGUUCGUGGCCACCAAGUCUUACGCAGCUGCGGGCCUCUGUUCUUGGGUCAUAAACAUUGUGAAGUUCUAUGAGGUGUUCUGUGACGUGGAGCCCAAGCGCCAAGCUUUGAGCCGAGCCACCUUGGACCUCACAGCCGCCCAGGAGAAGCUGGCAGCCAUUAAAACCAAGAUCGCACACCUUAAUGACAACCUGGCCAAACUCACCGCCAAGUUUGAGAAAGCCACAGCAGACAAACUCAAAUGUCAUCAAGAAGCUGAAAUAACCGCAAGCACCAUCUCCCUUGCAAAUCGCCUGGUGGGAGGACUUGCUUCUGAAAAUGUGAGGUGGGCAGAAGCUGUGCAGAACUUCAAGCAACGGGAGAGGAAAUUAUGUGGAGACAUUUUACUUACCACAGCUUUCAUUUCAUACCUCGGUUUCUUUACAAAGAAAUACCGUCAGAGCCUCAUGGAUGGGACCUGGAGACCAUACCUGAGUCAACUGCAAGUUCCCAUCCCAGUCACCCCCUCCCUGGACACCCUAAGGAUGCUGAUGGACGAUGCAGACCUAGCUGCCUGGCAGAAUGAGGGCCUCCCAGCAGACCGCAUGUCCGCAGAGAAUGCAGCCAUCCUCACCAACUGUGAACGCUGGCCGCUCAUGGUUGACCCUCAGUUACAAGGCAUCAAAUGGGUCAAGAACAAAUAUGGUGAAGACCUUCGGGUCACCCAGAUUGGUCAGAAGGGCUACCUUCAAACCAUAGAGCGUGCCUUGGAAGCUGGGGAUGUGGUGCUCAUUGAAAACCUGGAAGAGUCCAUUGAUCCUAUUCUGGGACCACUGCUUGGGAGAGAAGUCAUUAAAAAAGGACGGUUCAUUAAAAUCGGAGACAAAGAGUGUGAAUACAACCCCAAGUUCCAGCUCAUACUCCACACCAAGCUUGCCAACCCUCACUACCAGCCUGAGCUGCAGGCUCAGGCCACCCUGAUCAACUUCACUGUGACCAGGGAUGGCCUGGAGGACCAGCUGCUGGCCUCUGUGGUCAGCAUGGAGAGACCAGACCUGGAGCAGCUGAAGUCAGAGCUCACAAAGCAGCAGAAUGGGUUCAAAAUCACCCUGAAAACGUUGGAAGACAAUCUGCUCUCUCGCCUCUCCUCGGCAUCCGGGAACUUCCUGGGAGACUUGGCCCUGGUGGAGAACCUUGAGGUCACCAAGCAGACUGCUGCAGAAGUUGAGAAAAAGUUCCAGGAGGCCAAUGUGACCGAAGCAAAAAUCAACGAGGCCCGAGAGCACUAUCGACCAGCUGCUGCCCGAGCCUCUCUGCUCUACUUCAUCAUGAAUGACCUCAGCAAGAUCCACCCCAUGUACCAGUUUUCUCUCAAGGCCUUCAGUACCACCUUCCAGAAGGCUGUACAGAGGGCUGGCCCUGCUGAGAGCCUCCAGGAGCGACUGACCAACCUGAUAGACAACAUCACCUUCUCUGUGUACCAGUACACCACCCGCGGGCUCUUCGAGUGUGACAAGCUGACCUACCUUGCCCAGCUCACCUUUCAGGUUCUCCUCCUGAACCAGGAGGCAGUCACCACAGAGCUGGAUUUCCUGCUUCGAGCUCCAGUGCAGACCAGCACCCCCAGUCCGGUGGACUUCCUCUCCCACCAGGCCUGGGGUACCAUCAAGGCACUUUCAUCUAUGGAAGAAUUCUAUAAUCUGGAUCGGGACAUCGAGGGGUCGGCCAAAAGCUGGAAGAAGUUUGUGGAAUCAGAAUGUCCUGAGAAGGAGAAGCUCCCACAGGAGUGGAAGAACAAGACUGCCCUGCAGCGCCUCUGCAUGAUGAAAGCCAUGCGGCCUGACCGGCUAACUUACGCCAUGCGACAUUUUGUUGAGGAGACAUUAGGAAGCAAAUAUGCAGUGGGAAGAGCACUAGACUUUGCAGCCUCCUUUGAAGAAUCAGGACCAGCCACUCCCGUAUUUUUCAUCCUGUCUCCAGGGGUGGACCCACUGAAAGAUGUGGAAAAUCAAGGUAAAAAACUUGGAUAUACCUUCAACAAUAAGAAUUUUCACAAUAUAUCUUUGGGGCAAGGACAGGAAGUAGUGGCUGAGGCUACGCUGGAUCUAGCUGCCCAGAAAGGUCACUGGGUGAUUUUGCAGAACAUCCACCUGGUUGCCAAGUGGCUCAGCACCCUGGAGAAGAAGCUGGAGGAGCUCAGUGAAAACAGCCACCCAGAGUUCAGGGUCUUCAUCAGUGCAGAGCCUGCACCCUCCCCUGAGGGCCACAUCAUCCCCCAGGGCAUCCUGGAGAACUCCAUUAAAAUCACCAAUGAGCCCCCCACGGGCAUGCAUGCCAACCUGCACAAGGCCCUGGACAACUUCACUCAGGACACCCUGGAGAUGUGUUCCCGGGAGACUGAGUUUAAGAGCAUCCUCUUUGCUCUCUGUUACUUUCAUGCGGUGGUGGCAGAAAGACGAAAGUUUGGGCCUCAGGGAUGGAAUCGCUCCUACCCCUUCAACACUGGGGACCUCACCAUCUCUGUGAAUGUGCUCUACAACUUCCUGGAGGCCAAUGCAAAGGUCCCCUAUGAUGAUUUGCGUUACCUCUUUGGAGAGAUCAUGUAUGGAGGCCAUAUCACUGAUGACUGGGACAGGAAACUCUGCAGGACAUACCUGGAGGAAUUCAUUAAACCAGAAAUGCUUGAAGGAGAGCUGUCUCUGGCCCCAGGGUUCCCACUCCCAGGCAACAUGGACUACAAUGGCUACCAUCAGUACAUUGACACCAAGCUGCCCCCCGAGUCGCCAUAUCUCUAUGGCCUCCACCCCAACGCCGAGAUUGGCUUCUUGACACAAAGCUCAGAAAAGCUCUUUCGCACGGUGCUGGAGCUGCAACCCCGGGACAGCCACGCCAGAGAUGGAGCUGGGGUUACCAGAGAAGAAAAGGUCAAGGCCCUCCUGGAAGAAAUCCUGGAGCGGGUAACUGACGAGUUCAACCUACCAGAGCUGAUGGCCAAGGUGCAGGAGCACACCCCAUAUACUGCAGUUGUCUUCCAGGAGUGCGAACAGAUGAACGUCCUCACCAGGGAGAUCCAGCGCUCACUGAGGGAGCUGCACCUCGGCCUGAAGGGGGAGCUGACCAUGACCGGGGACAUGGAGAACCUACAGAACAACCUAUACCUUGAUACAGUGCCAGAGCCCUGGGCCAAGCGAGCCUACCCUUCCAUAGCAGGCCUGGCUGUCUGGUUUCUGGACCUCCUCAGCCGAAUCAAGGAGCUGGAGGCUUGGACAGGUGAUUUCACAAUGCCCUCCACUGUGUGGCUGACAGGCUUCUUCAACCCCCAGUCCUUCCUGACCGCCAUAAUGCAGUCCAUGGCCCGCAAGAACGAGUGGCCACUAGACCAGAUGGCCCUGCAGUGUGAUGUGACAAAGAAGAACAGAGAGGAGUUCAGAAGCCCUCCUCGGGAAGGGGCCUACGUCCAUGGCCUCUUCAUGGAAGGUGCCCGCUGGGAUGCACAGGCUGGGGUCAUUACAGAGGCAAAGCUAAAGGACCUGACACCCCCCAUGCCUGUGAUGUUCAUCAAGGCCCUCCCUGCAGAGAAGCAAGAUUGCCGCAGCGUCUAUCCUUGUCCCAUGUACAAGACUUGUCAGCGGGGACCCACUUACGUGUGGACUUUCAAACUGAAGACUAAGGAGAACCCAUCUAAGUGGGUUCUAGCUGGAGUAGCUUUGCUUCUCCAGAUCUAG